GAUCGCAUAGAGAUAGAGCCUGGCAGUAGGACUCCUAAGGGAGCGAUUUACAGAAUGUCCCCAAGGGAGUUAGAGGAGCUACGUAAGCAGUUAGACGAGCUCCUUGAGAAGGGUUGGAUUAGGCCCAGUUCGUCCCCAUUCGGAGCACCUGUUCUCUUUGUCCCUAAGAAAGAGGGAGAGCUUAGAAUGUGUAUAGACUAUAGGGGUCUCAAUGCUAUCAUAGUGAAGAAUGUUGAACCACUGCCCCGUAUAAAUGAUUUGUUAGAUCAGGUGCAGGGGUGCAAGUAUUUCUCGAAGAUAGAUUUGAAGUCCGACUAUCAUCAGAUAGAGGUUAAUCCUGAUGAUCAGUAUACGACAACAUUCCAGACUAGGUACGGGCACUAUGAGUUUAUAGUUAUGCCCUUUGGACUAACCAAUGCGCCAACAACCUUCCAGCGUUGUAUGAAUGAUUUGUUUAGGUCGUGGUUAGAUAGAUUUGUGGUCGUGUACCUAGAUGACAUCCUAGUGUUUAGUAAGACCCCCCAAGAGCAUGAGGGCCAUCUGAGGCAGGUCUUGGAGAAGCUGAGGGAAGCUAACUUCAAGAUCAACGCAAAGAAGUGCGAGUGGGCCAAGACACAAGUCUUGUACUUGGGUCACGUCUUAGAUGGGGAUGGCAUAAAACCUGAGGACAACAAGAUAGCAGCGAUUAGAGAUUGGCUGAUGCCCCGCACGUCAACAGAAUUGCAGUCGUUUCUCGGCCUAGCUAAUUACUACAAGAAGUUUGUGAGGAACUUUUCGACGAUCGAUGCGCCCCUUCGCAGAUUGCUGAAGAAAGAGGCGAUCUGGAAUUGGGACAAAGAUUGUACCUCGGCCCUAAAGAAGUUGAAGCGGGCCUUGAUAGAGUACCCAGUCCUCAAGGUAGCCGAUCCAUCACUGCCCUUUGUUGUCACCACUGACGCAAGUCGGUAUGGAAUAGGUGUUGUGUUACAACAAGAUGAUGGCAAUGGGUAUAGACCCGUAGAGUUCAUGUAUGCUAGGAUGCCUUCAGAGAAGGUAGCAACAUCUACCUAUGAGAGGGAACUCUACGCUCUCAAGCAAGCACUAGAGCAUUGGAAGCAUUACUUGCUUGGGAGGCACGUCAAAGUGUAUUCAGACCACGAGACGCUAAGGUGGUUAAAGACUUAGGCUAAGAUGACACCUAAGCUUACCAGGUGGGCCGCAGAGAUAGACCAAUAUGACUUUGAGCUUAGGCCAGUCAAAGGAAAGUACAAUGUAGUUGCGGAUGCUCUAAGUAGACGAGCUGACUACUUUGGAGCAAUAGUUCACUAUUUGGAUAUACGGAGAGACCUGCAACAGAAAGUUCGAGAAGCAUAUGCACAGGACCGUAUUUAUAGUGACCUCCUCAAAAGAGUUAAGGAGGCCCCAAAGUUUGAACCAGAUACCGCACUACUGACGGGUUACUAUUCGAGAAGACCAACGUAGUGGACCGUCUAUGCGUUCCUAACAGCGAGGAGAUCCGUAGCUUGAUCCUAGGGGAAUGCCACAACACU